GCUGUCUGUUCGGGCCCAGACAUCUACUUCGAUGUCAAAGCUGCAGACAGCACACCGGCUUUCUCUUUGAAGCUCACUGCCAAGGAAUAUCGCAGUCAAGAUUGCCAAGCCAUGAUCACCGCCACGGAUCUUCCAGAGGCUUUCGCCGAUGUGCUUAUUCUUGGACAGCCACUCCUGCGAAAGUAUUACUCCAUCUUCGACUGGGAGACCAGGAGCAUCGGCUUCGGCGUCGCCGCUGAAGCAGCUGAGGCACCCAGCAAAGUUGGCAUCUCGCACGCGCUGAAGGAUGAG